AUGGAAAUCGAUAUCCCUAUGGUGGACAACUUUGCCGUCCUGGAUCCACUUAAACCGCCCUGGAAGCUCUUUUGCAUGAUACAGGUCGAUAGCAGCCUAGAGCUCUGCAAUACGGCCUGGCACAUCCCACUGAAUUGGGAUGGGGCACGCAGGCAGUGGGUUGAAAGGGCGGGACGACAUGGCUUGCAAGAUCAAGAUGGAGAUGGAGAUGGCGAUGGCGAUGGGGAUGGGUUCACUAAAUCAUUCUUGGCUGCGGAGUACACAAAGGAAGAAGGGAACGCGAGUGUGCGAGAUAUCCGACGCCGACCUCAGAGCUCGGGCCACCUGAUGACUAAUCACCGGAAGAACCAUAAUCCGAAGAUCGGAGACGUGUCCGUCACAUCGUCGACGUUCUCGUUCCGGCUUUCCUUCCGGUCUUCUUGCCGAUGUUCUAUUCCCGACUCUCUUACUGAUGUCUUCCCGAUCGUACUACCGUUGUCCUCUUACCGAUUCACUUGCCGGCCCCCUUUCAACUCCCUCAAGAGGCUAUCGCCCGAGACCAACAACCGAUAUCGUCCGGCACAGACAUCGGGAGACUAUGGGACAUGCAUGCUUCGUAGUAUAUAG